GGGAGGGCGGCACAUGGCGGCGGCGGCGGGCGAGUGGCGCCCGGCGGGCGGGCGGAGGCGGCGGCGGGGCCGGGCGGGCGGAGAGGCGGAGGAGGAGGCGGAAGGCGGCGCGGUGCUGCGGGGGCUGCGGGAGGCGCGGGACGAUCUGCUGAGCUCCGGCUUCUGGGCGGCGAGCGCCGGAGCCGUGCGGGCCCCGCUGGGCGGCAGCUCGGAGCCGCCCUUCCGCUGCGUCUGCUACGGCCUGGGGCGGUUCAGCGGCUGCCCCGCCGCCCGGCUCCAGCUGGCCUUCCUGCUGCUGCUGCUGGAGGAGCUGGGGGUGCCGCCCGGGCGCUGCUCGCUGUUCGACCCCGUCUUCUCCGCCCGGGAGCUGGCGGCGCUGGCGCGGCUGGGGCUGCGGCUGCUCCCGGACAACGAGGAGGGGAAGCACGGCGUGGAGGGCUCGGGCACGCUGUUUUACAUGGUGCACUGCGGGAAAGCCCUGUACAACAACCUGCUCUGGAGGAACUGGUCCGCGGGGGCUCUGUCCAAAAUGGUCAUCAUCGGGAACAGCUUUAAAGGAAUGGAGGAGAGAUUGCUGUCAAGAAUAUUGGAGAGAGAUUAUUCUUACAUAGCAAAGGUCUUGAAAGGGACGGAGGAAGUGGCACUCCCCGCGCACCCCCGGUACCUGGACACCUUUAACGACACCUCCGUCCACUGGUUUCCCUUGCCAAAACUGAAGGAACUCUCCCCCGAGGUCUGGGAUUUCGUGGAGGAGCCGACGUACGAAGAAUGUGACGACCUGGAGAUCAUCAGGAAGGAGGACAGCGCUGACGGGCGCAGCCCCGCUGCCACUGAGUCCUGACUGCUCUGCAGCAGGGCAACCUUGGGGCUGCGUCUCUUCCACGGCAUCAUGCUCUGCCAAAAGCGGUGGCACCCGAAUGCUGAGCCUGAUGGGACGUUUUUGUAUCUUAAUUAUUUAAUAAAAGGUAAAGCCAUG